AUGCCGUUUGUGGUUUCAUCUGUAAACGAUUUAUAUUACUUGACUUACAGGAUUUUCACAAUGAAUCAGCUUUUGGUAUUUUCGCAUCUACUUCUCGCCUUUGUUCUGGGAACGCAUAUGAAUGAAUACUUCGGAUCCAGAUGGGAUGAACCUAAAAAUGAAAAUCCCUUUGAUGUAGAUUUUGGGCUGGCUUCCAUGUUGGCUUAUGUCCCUGCAAGAAGUUGCCAUGUCCAACUUACAAAUGAGUAUGGAAAAUUUUCUCCUCCAGUGAUUUAUGGAAAUAGGGAUAUCUACCUCUGGUGCAACUGGACUAUUUUGGCUGGUCCAGGGAAGCACAUUAUAAUUUAUAUUAAUGGCUUCCAAACAAACUUAAACUGUGAGGAGAACCAGGAUGAAAUAAUAUUUGAAGGUGUUUCUUCCACUGUUGAAAACAGUGUGGUAUAUGCUUGUUGGAAUAAAUAUACCCAUGUAUAUGCUACAGAAGCUAUAGCAGUCCAUAUUGUGUUUCUGUGGCGCAGUUUUUCACAUAUUUCUUCCACCAAAUACUUUGAAGGAAAAUAUUAUGUUUUCGAGGACCCUGAGCAUAGAAAUACCACAAGCCACCAUCAUUGUGUACUAGAACCUAUAAUGCAAAGUACACUCGCCAUCGAAAGUACAUCAAAGCCGAGGUCUGAACCAUCUAUACCUACAGGUUUGGAUAUGACGACAUAUGAACAGAACAGCACAGCAAUUCUCCCUAAAAAUGGGAAACAAACGUCAUUGUUUCCAACAGAUAAAACCUCUUUGACUCUAAACCAAAAGGAUCAAACAUUUCUUCCACACACUUUAGAUGUGACAAGAGCAGAAGAUCGUCUUUAUUCCUCCUUGCACUCUGCAGAAGAAAGCUCACCUAGCCCUAAUGAAGAAGAGGUUACAGGAGUCCUAAGUUAUGGAGAACCCCAUUCCAUGGCUGAAACCCCCCUACAGCAUUUUACAAACCAAAUUACAGGAUACAUUGUUAUUCCAAGUACCACAGAUCUGGCAGCAUUAGAAAGGUCCCCCUACCCUACAAAGGAUCCAGCAGAAGGCUACAACAAUACACAUUCUACCUCAAAUACAGAAGAAGUGGCUGUAAUUAGUAGUUUUGCAGAAUUGCAGAAUUCCUUAUUUGAGAACAUUGUGCCAUCCUUUACACUGCAGACAAUGGAUGCUUCAUAUAUUCCAGACAUCUCGAUUCUGACAUCAAAUGACGCUUCUCUACAUUCUUUCAUUCACCCAACAGAAGAUGGCACAACUGCCACAAUUGGAGAAGAACAUGGAGCAGUACACAAUAAUGGAGACCAUCUCUUAUUGGAAACAUCUUUAACGUCCUACACAUUGCAUCUUCCAGAUUUAAUGUCUGUGCGAGACACCCUGGUCCUGAAAACAGAAGAGGUUUCUCUGCAUUAUUCUAUGAGUCCCAUAAAUAGCAGCAUCUCAAGGAUCAAAUCAGACCAGUUUUUAGGAGACCUUGAUUAUGGAGAACAUUUUCUAGUUGAGGAUAUUCUACCUUCCAUUACACUGAAAGGCCUAGCCUCAAGCCGCAGUGCAGAAGAGAUUCUAGGACUCCAACAUAAUGGUGAACAGGCAUCAAGUGGAACCAGUUCAACCCCCCUUACAACGUACAUAGAGGAUGACAUUUCAAAUCCAGUCACCACUGAAAGUGAUUUGGUUACAGACAACAUGGAAAGUAGCUUAACCCCAGCAUUCCUGUCAGACGAUGAUAUUGUUAAAUAUAUGCGUGGAUUACCAUUCAACUCUAAAGAAGAUAAUGAAAUACUAGACGAUUUUAUGGAAAUCUUGACCCCACCAGAUCUAUUAUCAAGUAAAACUGACCAAAAGGAUGCAACUCCCAAAGCUAUUUUGGUAACACAAAAGACUGAGCUGCCAACAUCUCAAGAGUUUACAGCCAAUUCAAAAUUUUUGAAUAUGAAAAAGUCUGCCUUUGGACCCAACCAUUCUCUACUGACUAAAGAAUUUUUUAAAACUCCCAUCUUAGAUGCCGUGGAACCGUCUUUUAUUGCACCAUUCAUAAUCCGCACCAAAGACAUUUUACCAUCAAUUCCUUUUGAUAUUAUGGAAGAAGGCAAAAUAUUAAAGAAGUCUCUUGAUACUCAUUCUACAUACCCUUUGUUAGACCGAAAUCAAAUUUUAGGAAUUUUCCUUUCUAAUGGGCCUUCUCCUGCCGUUCAUGUUUUUAACACAAUGGACACGAAAGAUAUUGAACCAAUGCAAAACACCAAUAUGAUUAUUUCAGAUAAAGUUUUAGAUGAAGCCGAGCAAGUCAACCCCUCUCAGAUAGACACACAACCAAGAGACGGCAGACACAACAUUUUGGACAGUUCCAUAUCUACCUCCAGAGUGAUCAUCGAGGAGCAAGAAAAAAGCACUUACUCCUAUCGAUCAUCUGAUUCCAAUCAAUUCAUACUUGAAGCAGAACAGCCUGAUAAGGAGGAAACAACCACAUACACUGAAAAUAAAAUAGACUUGGGUAUUCCACAUCCUCCUGGAGAUCGUCUUUUUGCAAUUUCUGUUGAAUUGGAACACAAAGGGAUACUUUCGAAUGAACUAGAAUCUCAGAUUAUUGAAUCCACUACUCAGAAAAUUCAAGAGAAGAUGGUCUACCUCCCAAUUACAGACAGCUCGCUGUUGUUAAAGAAACUAAAGAGGCCUGAAGAGAACCGUGUAACACUGAUAUACUGGUUGUAUUUGAAAAAUGGAGGGAGAGGAAGUGACAUUGCCAACCUUCUAGAAAUCCAAUUAAAUGAUCUUACAAACACUUCCUUGGGGGCACUGAAUGGAACACUGUUAUCGUUUUCUGUUGAAGAUGUGAAUGAAUGCCAUACUGGAAUCCAGCAAUGCGAUGUCCACGCUUAUUGUCUAGAUGAGUUUGGUACAUAUUCCUGUCAGUGUAUGAAUGGGUAUAAGGACCAAUCUCCUGCAUCCCCAGGGACUGUGUGCAUCUCGGCACAGCUCACAGGUUUUUAUAUCUUGUACGAUAACCUAGAGAUCCUGAUCGGGUCUAUUCUGGCCGUCGUAGCUAUUUUGUUGGUCACUGUGAUUGUGUUAUGUGUGCUGCUAAAAGCAAAACACAUCAAGGGAAACUUUAAUCUCCAAGACUGCGCCACGGCUCCAUCAAGUUCCCAUCAGAAAUCCUCACUCCCCCAGCAGAGUGAUUCUAGCUUGAACCUAUCAAAACCCACAGGCUGCCUUCCAUCUCGACAUUUGGCCGAGCACGGCCCUACACUGGAGGCAUCCAGCAUGCUCGAACUGACGAGGAUCUCUGUCGAGCGAACUGCGUGUUAAUAGUGGCAAAACUGUUAUCGCUAUGUCUAUCAACAAAUGAUAUGGCCUAUACAAAACACUGGUGAAAGCAAGUAUUUAAUAAAAUAUGUAUGAUAUAAUAUGCACCAUGACAG